AUGGCUGAAUGGAGUUGGGUGAUUUAUACAGUGCUGGAGGUGCUGAUUGCCACGGCCUGCUGCAUUGGCAAUGCCUUGGUGGUGUGUGCAGUGUGUGUCGGUAUCCGCGGCUCCCUUAGAGAGCCAACAUUCUGCUUCCUGAUUUCCUUGGCAGCGGCGGACUUCCUGGUGGGUGUAGCUGCUGUGCCCCUGGCUGUGCUAUUAGACGGUUGGGCGAGUCUGACCCCUGACCUCUGCCUGCUUCUCAGCUGUGUGGUGCUUGUGCUGACCCAAGCCUCUGUGCUGUCACUGUUAGCUAUUGCUGUGGACCGCUACCUGCGGCUACACACCCCGCUCAGGUACAAAGACCUGGCCACACAGACACGUACAUGGCUGGCCGUGGCGGUGUGCUGGGCACUUUCCUGUCUUCUUGGUUUCACACCUCUCUUUGGCUGGCACAACUACACCACCCAGGUCGCCGGUGCCACCAAUAAAUCUUCCUCUUCUUCCAUCUCUACACCUUGCACCUUCCUCUCUGUCAUCUCUCUCCCUUUCAUGGUCUACUUCAACUUUUUGGGAUGUGUUCUAGCACCGCUGCUCGUGAUGAUCCUCCUCUAUGCACGAAUCUUCUGGAGCCUACAGGGGCGACUACAGGACAGCGCUCCCCAGGCCCGGGCCCUCCUGCUCAGAGAGAGGAGGCUGGCCCGCUCCCUGGCCCUGGUCCUCUUAUUGUUUGCCGUCUGUUGGAUUCCCCUGCACUCAAUGAACUGUAUGUUGCUUUUCCAUGGCCCUGAAGCAGUCACACAGGGGACCCUAUAUGCAGGUAUCCUCCUGUCCCAUGCCAACUCAGCAGUAAACCCUGUCGUCUAUGCUUACCGCAUCCCAAAGAUCCAGCAGGCCUACAGUCAAAUAUGGAGGCACUUCCUGAUGGGGCUAGGCUGUUGCCAUGGAGAUGAGCGUAUUCAGCGAGCGUGUUCAACAGGCAACAGACCCAACCACACGGAGAUGUGUGGCUCAGGAGGGAAGACCACUCCCUGA